CUCAGGUCCAAGCAUUCAAACUCGCAGCCUCGGAGCGGAACCACUGGAGGAGAGGAGAGAGAAGUACAGAGAGAAAAAAGAGAGGACGCGCUGACAAAGUCUUUGGAGUAUGAACAGACUCACAUUUACAGUUUUCCUAUUGGCACUGGGCUUUCUUGUGUGCGAAGGAGGUAACCCAUGCUGCUCAGAGCCAUGUCAGAACAGGGGAGUUUGCACAGCACUCGGGCCAGAUAAUUAUGAGUGUGACUGCACGCGCACCGGAUAUUAUGGACAAAACUGCACAACACCUGAGUUCCUCACCUGGCUCAAAGUGAAUCUGAAGCCAACUCCCAACGCCGUCCACUACCUUCUCACCCACUUCAAGGGUUUCUGGAACAUCAUCAACAACAUCUCAUUUCUCCGGGAUGCCAUCAUGAGAUACGUGCUGACAUCCCGAUCCCACUUGAUUGACAGUCCUCCAACUUACAAUUCGGAUUAUGGUUACAAAAGCUGGGAAGCGUAUUCCAACCUUUCCUACUAUACGCGCAGCCUCCCCCCUGUGCCAGAGGAUUGCCCAACCCCCAUGGGAGUAGUAGGUAAAAAGGAGCUGCCUGAUGCUAAAGUUUUGGCUGAGAAGCUCCUGAUGAGGCGACAGUUUAUCCCGGACCCACAGGGCACCAGCCUAAUGUUUGCAUUCUUUGCACAGCAUUUCACCCACCAGUUCUUCAAAUCUGAUAUGAAGAAAGGACCUGCUUUUACCCAGGCUAAAGGUCACGGGGUGGACCUCAGCCACAUUUAUGGAGACAACCUGGAGAGGCAACACAAGCUCAGACUCUUCAAGGACGGAAAGCUUAAAUAUCAGAUCAUGGAUGGGGAGAUAUACCCCCCAACAGUAAAGGAAGUGGGUGUCGACAUGCACUACCCUCCUCAUGUUCCCGACUCUCACCGCUUUGCUGUGGGCCACGAGGCCUUUGGCCUGGUCCCUGGUCUGAUGAUGUACGCCACCAUUUGGCUGCGGGAGCACAACCGGGUGUGUGAUGUGCUGAAGGAGGUGCACCCCGACUGGGAUGAUGAAAGACUCUUCCAGACCACACGGCUCAUCCUGAUUGGUGAGACCAUAAAGAUUGUAAUUGAGGACUACGUGCAGCACCUGAGCGGCUACCACUUCAAGCUCAAGUUUGACCCCGAGCUGCUCUUCAACCAGCGUUUCCAGUACCAGAACCGCAUUGCCUCAGAGUUCAACACCCUGUACCACUGGCACCCGCUGAUGCCUGAUAGUUUCCACAUUGAGGAUACAGAUUACAGCUACAAACAGUUUGUCUUCAACACCUCUGUAGUGACCGAGCAUGGCAUCAACAACCUCGUGGAGUCCUUUACCAAGCAGAUUGCUGGACGGGUUGCUGGUGGUCGUAACGUCCCUGGAGCUAUCAUGUACGUGGCCAUUAAGUCCAUUGAGAACAGCAGAGAAAUGCGUUACCAGUCUCUGAAUUCCUACAGGAAACGAUUCAACAUGAAGCCCUACAGCUCUUUUGAGGACCUGACAGGAGAGAAAGAAAUGUCCGCAAUCCUGGAGGAGAUGUACGGACAUGUGGAUGCCGUGGAGCUCUACCCAGGCCUGCUGGUGGAGAAACCCAGACCCAACGCCAUCUUCGGAGAGACCAUGGUGGAGAUGGGGGCCCCUUUCUCCCUCAAAGGCUUAAUGGGAAACCCCAUCUGCUCCCCGGAGUACUGGAAGCCCAGCACCUUCGGAGGCAGCGUGGGCUUCAACAUCAUCAAUACCGCCUCCCUGCAGAAGCUCGUCUGCAAUAAUGUGCGUGGCCCCUGUCCUGUGGCAUCUUUUCAUGUGCCCAACAUCAAAGAGACGGGAUCCAUGAUCAUCAACUCCAGCACGUCCCACUCACGCGGCAGUGACAUCAACCCUACAGUCAUUUUGAAAGAAAGGACUACUGAGCUCUAAUUUUUUUUAUAUCAUUAGGUUAUUUUUAUAAAUAUAUAUUUAUUUAUUUAUUUAUUUUUAUAUUUAUUUUUAAUGAUAUUGCUAUUUAUAAUAGAAAGUGAGUGCAAAACAUUUUUUUCUACUGAAUUGUGUUUGAUUUUAUCUGAUUUUAUAGGACAGUGUGGUUUAUUUAUUGAAAUAUUGUAUUUUAAGAUUAUUAUUGUAAAAUGAAUAGUGACCUCAGUCACUGCAAUUUGAUACUUGAAGAUUAGUUUACAGCUACAUAUAGAGUACGUUACCCUGCUUGCUUUAGAUGAACUGCUGCUCUCCCAUUCAUGUUCAUGCAGUUGUAUGUUUGUUCCAGUUCACCACAGUGAGCUGCAUGCCUGAUCUUGUCUCUCUCGAUCUGAUCUGACGUACACGAGUGCAUUUCUAUUUCAGUAUUGUUUUACAGAUUUUUUUGUACUUCAGUCUGUGUAUUGGCUAGGGUCUUUUGAAAUGAUAUUAAUAACUCUAUGUCUAAGCUGCACUGUUGUUUUGAAUUUAAUUGUCGUUCUGUAGAAAUUGUUUGUUGAAUGAUUGUAUGGGUCAGUUUAUCUAUGUCUUGAUGCUAAUAAAUACCACCAGAAAAUGA